UGAUGACGACGAGGAGGAGGAGGAGGAGGACGGCGGGGGACGGGGCGAGCGCCCCUGCAGGGUCGGCGCUCAAGGCCGCCAUGCCGUGCCUGUGGGCGCUGGCGCCCGUCCUCCUGGCGCGCGCGGGCAGCUCGGCGCCGCGCGAGGUGGCCAGCGGCCUGGCGCCUGCGCGGAGCCUGGGCUUUGACCUGCGCAUGCACAGGCCAGAGCGCCCGAGGGAGGCGGCGGGCCCGCCGGCGGGCGGCGGCACCCUGGCCACGGGCCGCCGGCUGCGCGGCGCCGUGUCGCACGCCUGCGACCUGGGCAACUACGAUAACGUGCAGUACCACCUGGAGAUCUCCGUCGGUGAGCCCUGCGACAACUCCACCCUCUGGCAGAAGUUCCAGGUGGUGCCGGACACGGGCAGCUCCGACUUGUGGGUUCCGGCGGAGAAUUGCACGAGGUGCAAAGGCAAAACCAAGAAGUUCCAUCUCAACCAGUCCUGCACCGCGAAGGAGCUCGGCGACCGCAUUACGUUCAGGUACGGCGAUGGCACGAUGGCCCUCGGCGGCUCCUUCGAGGACACCAUCAUUAUCGGGGAUCUGACGGUGAAGCAUCAGUUCCUGAUCCAGGUUGACAAGAUGGAGUCGGAUACCCACAUGAAAUCCGACGGUAUUCUGGGCCUGGCUCACCACUACGUCUCAGACAAGACGUCGCGGGGACCCACCUUUAUGAAGACCCUGUUCCAGGAGCACCCCCACCUGACGCAGCAGUUCUCGUUCUACCUCACGGGCACCACGGAGCAGCAGUCCCGCCUCAUCUUCGGCGAGGCCAACCUCACGGCGUACUCCAAGGAGACGAAGUUCCAGUACGGAAAGGGCUACUACAUGACACACACCAGCCUUUGGCUGACCAGCGUGUGGUCAAUCGGUUGGGGUGGCACUGGUGUCGAGAAGGAUUUCCCUGACAAGGGCACUCUGGGCUCUCCUGCACUGAUCGACUCGGGCUCCUCGCUGAUCGUGCUGGCUCCGGACAUCUACGACCACCUGCUGGCAGAACUGAGGUGGGUCAAUGCUCGUGCUGCGUCUGGCAGGGGAACGAUCGGCAGGGGACGUCCCUCCUUCACCGCAGACCAGACGGUUCGCGCUCCUUGAGACUUCUAGCAAAACGGGC